GCCGAUACUCUAUUUUUUCCAGCUCCGCUGAAGCUUCUGUGACCAUGUCCCAAGACGAAAUCGACAUUGACAAUGCUAGUUUAGAGCAAUUAAGAGACAUUUUGUGUAAUGUCAACGGUAAAGAACUCCUUGCCAACCGUUUCAGAGCCUUGUUUAACUUGAAGUGUAUUGGGGCUGAAUCCACAAAUACCGAAGAAGCGGAAAAGGCCAUUACGUACAUUGCGGAUUGUUUCCAAGACGAAUCUGAAUUGUUAAAACACGAGGUUGCCUAUGUGUUGGGACAAACCCACAGACUUGUGGCUGCUCCACCUUUGAGACAAGUUUUGAAAGACAAUAACCAGCAGAUUAUGGUGAGACACGAAGCUGCCGAAGCUUUGGGCGCUUUGGGAGACAAGGAUUCGUUGGCGUUAUUGCAAGACUAUUACAAGAACGACCCAUCGCUUGAAAUCAGACAAACCUGUGAGUUGGCUAUCGAGAGAAUCAAAUGGGAACAAUCUGAAGAGUCCAAGACAGAAAACAUUGAGAAGUCGUUGUACACUUCUAUUGACCCAGCUCCUCCUAUGCCUAGCGAUGUGGAGUCGAAGGUGGAGAAGUUGCAACGGAUUUUGAACGACCAGGAUACUCCAUUAUUUGAGAGAUACAGAGCCAUGUUCAGAUUAAGAGACUUGGGAACCGACGAAGCAUGUCUUGCUUUGGCUUCUGGAUUUGACGAUCCAUCUGCCUUAUUUAAGCACGAAAUCGCCUAUGUUUUUGGUCAGAUUUGCAACCCGGUGACGGUUCCUGCUUUGAUUACCGUGUUGAAAAGAGAAACUGAAGCUGGAAUGGUUAGACACGAGGCUGCUGAAGCCUUGGGAGCUAUUGGUACUGACGAGUGUACGCGAGUGUUGGAGUCAUUCUUACAUGACGAUGAGAGAGUGGUGAGGGAGUCAGCUAUUGUUGCUUUGGAUAUGGUUGAACCUUGAGACACAAGAAGCUCAAGCUAAUGAAUACACGUAGGAUAUGGAGAAUAUUGGAUGUUGUAAUUGUAAUAAAUACACACGCUAUAGUACAGUGAUGAGUCUAGUCAAAUGCUUUUGUGGGUUUAAUUGUUGGUUCUGAAUUUGUAUCCACAGCUGGUACAAGUGUAAAACACAGUAGCACCUUCAUCAGCAGAUCUUAAUUGUAAAGUGUGGUAUUGCAUUUCGUCGUGUCCACACUUUGGACACUUCUCUUUGAUGGUGGCCCCUUCACCCAAAUCAUCAUUUUUCAACGUGGUUUUAACAGAUGAUCGAUUCAUCUUUAAGGUUGAUGGAAAAGCAUCUUCUGCAGACGUGGUUACCACUUUUAAGUUAGCAAACUUGGAGGCAGGAUACGAUUUGGAGCAAAUCCGGCAAUCUAUAGUAUCCUUGGCCCCGAGUUUGUCCAACAAGUUACCACAGUCUGUGCAAAAUAUAAGAGAUCCUACCACUGACAUGAUUGAGGUUU